GACCUUUUCCUCUCCGAACAAAUUAAAAAUCCCCCCUACCUAGCCAUUUAAUUUCUGAUUCAAGAAUGGGCGGCGGAGAGAGAGGAGGGCGGCAACCCCCCGCCGCCGUGCCGAGAGGGUGUUUGGCGGUGAAGGUGGGGCAGAGAGGGGAAAAGCAGCAGAGAUUUGUGGUGCCGGUGAUGUACUUCAACCACCCGCGGUUCAUGCAACUGCUGAAAGAGGCGGAGGAGGAGUACGGUUUUGAUCAGAAGGGGACUAUCACCAUUCCUUGCCACGUGGAGGAGUUUAGACACGUGCAGUGCAUGAUUGACCGGGAAAACUCCUUUCACCGCCGUCAUCACCACCACCAACUCCACCACCACCUCGGUUGCUUUCGGGUUUCAUUCUAAAUUCCACGCUUUUAUUUCUCAAAUUAUUAUUAUUAUUAUUAUUUGUUUGUAAACUAUUCUCUUAAGGAAUACAUAUAUCUUAGCAAUUGCAAGUUCAUUAAUAUUUAA